AUGUGUUUAUCAACCCCAAUAGGGUGACCUGGCAGGUUCGUGGCAUUGCAUUUUAGCAGAGGAAAUCAUAUAUUUAAGUUGAAUUGCAAUAUUCUUUAGGAUGCAGUCGUCUACAAGAGAUGACAAACCUCUUUAUGGAAAGGUUGCCGUGGUGACAGGAGCCUCUAGUGGCAUUGGUGCUGCCAUCUCUCGUCAACUGGCUGCUGCUGGUGCCAAGGUUACCAUGGCAGCAAGGCGGGAGAACUUGUUAAAAGAAAUCCAGGAUGAAAUUUCAAAGGAAGGGGGCGUAGCUCUAGCAGUGAGAUGUGAUGUAACGAACAGAGCUGAGGUGAAGGAGCUUAUUCAGCACACAGAAAGCACCCUGGGUCCCGUGGAUAUCUUGGUGAACAAUGCGGGUAUCUGGGUGAUAAGGUGUAUGAAGAACCUUCACGAGGAGGAGUGGGAUCAGCAAGUGGAUGUGAACAUCAAGGGGGUGCUGAACUGCAUUGGGGCUGUGAUCUCCGGGAUGUGUGAAAGGAAAAGAGGUCACAUCGUCAACAUAUCAUCACAAAAUGGAAAGACGGCUUUGGUAGGGAUAGCCGUAUACACAGGGUCGAAGUUCUUCGUAGAGGGGAUGUCACGGACGCUACGUCAGGAAGUUUGUAAGGAUGGCGUACGUGUUACUUGUAUCCAGCCUGGCGAAGUUGAAACGCCCGGUUUCGCCAGGUGCUUAAUGACAAUGGAAGAUGAGCAGUGUAAACAGCUGUACACUUACCCUCGUCCUUACCAAAUUCUGAAACCUGAAGUCAUCGCACAGGCAGUCCUGUACGCAGUCACGCAGCCAGAGCACGUGGCCGUUAACGAGAUUCUUGUGCAGCCCAGGGAGACCGCGCUGUAGAUCAUACCACUUGCUUAGUGCUUGGUAUCUAUUGUGAAGCGGUGUUAGCAAAAAGAUACAUAUUUUGGGAUUCUUCUUUGUAUCUGUCGUCAUAUUCAAGGGACUCGUACAUGUACAUGUACCUUGGUUGGAGCAAGUGCCAAGACAAGGGGUUUUAUAAACUAGAUCUCUCUAAGCUACUGGACUUCACAUUACAUCAGGCAGUAUAUACCCCUGUACAUUAUUCUGCUUUCUUUUUGUGCUAUUUUAAACCCUUGAUCUUUUUGGGAGAUCCAUUUGAACAAGUAUGCUGUUGCGCGCGCAGCUACAAUUUGCACCCAUGCAUUACCAGGGCCAUAGAUAGAAUUUUCACUAGAUAUUCACAGAUUAUGUCGCUGGUUAAAUAUCGUCAAUCUUCUAACUUGAAAUGUGAAAAUUGUGCCUAUAAUAUCCGCCACCCUGGCAG